UUGGCUGGUGCCAGCCAGGUGCUUUCAGUUAGUAGGAGGUGGCUGAAGGAAGGAAAGCACUGACCUAACCUCUGGCAGUGGCUUUGCUUCUCAGCACUUUUGGGAUCUCUACCCUUUCUGGCUCACAGAGGACGAAUCAUCUUAGCGGUGUUGGGAAAAGGGGGUCAAGGGUGGGGCCUGCCUGCUGGACAGAGACGAAAGUACAGGGACAGCAAGAGAGCCCUUCUCUGCAUUGUUGAGCUGGUCAAUUGGGGGCUGAGUAAAGCUGCAGUGACACCCUAUGGGGAACAUUCUGACCUGUUGCGUGGCCCCCAAUUGUGGCCAGUGCAAACGCAAAGGGUCAGUGGAGUCAGACUGCGACUCUGAGGUCUAUGGAGAUGCGGGGGCACAAGUAACUGCUCCCCGCAAGACCAAGAAGUUUUCAAAGGGAGCCAGUGAUGGUCACCACCAGGAAUAUAUCCAUUACUGGAAGAUGCCCAAAGAAGGAGCUUCGAAAUUAAACCCUUCUGAUGAUCCAAAGAUAGGCACAAUUUUCCUGAGCAAAUCUCACACAUACGUGCAUGACCAGAGGAACAACACCCAUCUCAAGCAUGGCUUUGGGCAACACCUGGGGGCCAAAUCUCUUGGACAGCCUGAUAUCAGAGAAAAAGCUCCUCAACCUCUGCCUGAGGAAUACAAUCAAAGCUGCCUGCUUUCCAGAAACUGUUCAUCAUACAGUGUUUCGUCCACUAAUGUCUAGGUCUCAGCCAUGAUGUACUUGAUAUCUCUAAGUUUUAAUGUCUAUAGAAUAUAAUAUCUGCAUAGCACCUGCAGAGAUGGAGGACAGGUGUACAAUGGCUCUACAUUCAUUUCCUAUGGUUUUUCAUGGCCUCUGCUUCACAUUUUAUGCCAAGGUGCUCUGUGCCUCGGAGUGUCCUAAUAUUUUCCCAUGUGAGUUAACAGUAUUUAACUUACAGUUUUCACACAUCAAAAAUGAUGUCCAUUCUGGAUCCAGGUCUCAUGUGUAACAUUUAUUUUAUCCUUUAGUUCAAAUAAUAUAUCAGGAGCAAGUUGAACUAGCUGCAUGUUCAAUCAAUCCACCAUUUUUAACUUAAUUAAAACUUGCAGUUCAAGUGUAAGUAUGUCUUAGUUACCUAUUUAUUGCUGGGACAAAAUACUCAACACCCACAAGUUAAAGGAGGUAAGGUGUCUUUUAGCUCACAUUUUGUAGAAGUUUUAGUCCACAGUCAUCUGGCUCCAAAGCAAGAAGUCAUGGCAGAGGAACCUGAGAGCGGAUAUACACUGCAUGGAAUGGCAGGUAAGAAGCAGCAAGACUUCUUCCUCCUUUCAGUUUUUAUUUAAUUCAGGCUAUAAGCCUCUUGGUUGGUGCCACCCAAACCCAGGUGCAUCUUCUCUCUCCAUUAAGCCCAUCAUUCACACCCAGAACUAUGCUAAUUAUCCACACAGAACUAUGCUAAACCAUUCAGUGAACUAAUUCAGUAUCACACACCCAUGAUUCACUGACCUCCUCAGAAGUCUCUAGACUGUAAGCACUAGAGGGUUUAAAGAAACGUCUAGUAUAAGCAAUAACCAAAUGUAUUUAAAUUAAAUACAUAUAAUGGUAUUAACUUGGACCCUUAAAUUAAAUACAUAUAAAGGUACUAACUUGGACCCUUAAAAGUAUGUAUCUCCAAUAUAUUAAGGAUUCCUUUAACUUGUAGAUGUCAGAUGAUUUUUUCCAGUGAAGAGAAAGUAGCUAACACAGAGUUUGGUGCUGGUGGUGGGGUUAUUGCUGUGCUGCUGCUACCUGACCAUAUGGUUCAGAAGCCUUUAUAAGUGGCAUGUAAGAUCAUUUGGAAAGGUCUAGAGAUACCAGCUGUGUAUUUUUUAUUACAACUGAAAAAAGUGAAAAGAAAAAACAGUUUUAACCUGGCUAGUGGGAGAGUAAUAGGAAAUGUAAAGUGUGUGUGUGUGUGUGUGUGUGUGUGUUACAUUUGCAGAAAAUAAGUUUGCAUUUUGCUCAUAUCCAAAGGCUUUGUCAAAGGCUGAAAUUAAAUUAAUCUGGUUGAAGAAAUUUCAAGGCAGUUCAAUGUUAAGGUACUGGCAUGGUUACUGUUGAUGGCUUUCAUCUAGAUCUAUGUUGAGAGCAAAUGGCCCAAAAUAAUAUUUAAAAUGUUUUGAGUUUGUCCAGAAAGAGACUAUUUUGAGAGGAUAAUUCAGUGUCUGGAUAUCUAAGACUUUUAGGGUUACUUGGACCACUGUGUAAGUUUGUUUGCAUGUCUUCUGUCUCUCUGGUUGCACACUGUUACGUGGUUCUGGCUGACUUUUGCACACAAAAUACACACAGACACAAACAUGUGCCAUGACAUCUCAUCUGGAUAGGCUUUUUAAAACUAAAAAUAGAUGAAAGUUCUUGAAAUACUUACGAGGAAGGUUGGAGGAGCAUCUCCAGGUAGCUCUAACGCUUGAGAUUUGUCAAGGGAAACCUAAAUAAUUCAACAUAUUAAUAUAUUUUAGUGUGGCAGCACAGGAAGAAAAUUGGGACAAUCUGAGCUGGACAAAGUGAACUAAAGAAGAAGAAAAACGAUGCUUGAAUAGACUUUGUAAAUGUCACAUUAAUUUU